UUAACUUCCGGGUUAUGUUAGCGUCCUUUCCGAUGAGCACGUUUUGCUCGUCGCGAGCAUGUCUUUCGUAAAUAACACACAUCGCUUGUUCUCUGGGUGUUUCUUAAGGCCGACGUGCCUCACCCACGCUCUGCCCGCACGUCUCAACUCCAACAGGACGUCGGUGGUGCGCUGCAGUCGGCAGAAAUACGAACGCUUGUACCCGGUGAUGCUGGUGCGACCCGACGGCGCCACUGUCAACAUCCGAUACAAAGAACCCAGACGCAUCCUCAUGAUGCCAGUGGAUCUUUCCACGUUGUCGGAGGAGGAACGCCGUAGUCGUCAGAAGAAGCGAGAAGUCAAGAAGACUGUGACCGAGACCACGAUCCACUACGAGGAUGACUUCAAGGUGGACCAGUACAGCCAAUUCUGGAACAAGAAGAAAUAUUAAGAAAACGGUCUGUGUUAAGAUUAUUAUUAUUUUUUUUAUAAUAUAAAAACUCUGCCUAGUGGAUUACCUAUUCUCUUUAUGGACCAGUGCUUUCUGGCAUCUUGUGGAUUUAUAUUUGUGUGUGUGUCCAUUAAAGAACACCUAAACACCA